AAAAAUAACACCAAAACAAAUCGAGGAAGGGUGGUGAUCCAUUGUUGUUUCUUGAGAACAUUAACCAAACGGAUGUUAACAAAUGCACGCAGGCAUUUAAAGGUUAGUAAAAGCGAAAGAACUCAUAUUGUAAAUAUGAUACACAUUGGUGUUAGUGGCACUGGUUGCAAAUAACAGUAGACUGCCAGACUAGCUAAGAAUUCCAAUGUGACCUAAAAGAAGGUGUGUGAAAGAAUAUGUGUUAUUAUGAGACGAAGGCGCAGACAACGAAGUGCAUGGCAAUUCACGACGAUGUGCGAAGUUUAGCUAUUCGACCAAUAUAUACCUGCAAAAAGUGCUUAACUCGGCCAUUCUGUGGCUGCCAGACGGACACGCUUUUUUCACUUUAGUCGUUGCCAUUUACUCUUUACAGCCGGUUACGAUAUUUGAAAAUGUUGUUUAAUGCGACCGAAACGAAUUAAAAAAAUUAGUUCUUAAAAAAGAAAUAUAACGCUAAGGGCUUACAAUUCGCGAUUUAUUAAGGGCAAAUUUGUGUAGAAAAUUAUUUAAAAAAAAAAUUUGUUAACGCAAAAAGAAGUGUUUUAGUAUAAAAUAAAAUUCAAUCAUAAAUGGUCUUAAUCCAUAAAACAUCGACGUUUUAUUUAGAAGUUCAAUUGUAAAAUAUUUCAAAAGAAUUUUGAAUGCUUUUAUCACGAUUCAUGUGGUGUUCACGUGUACAACAAGUAUAUCAGAAAAUAAAACGUUUUUUUAAGCAGCGAAUCGUGCUUAGAUCAUAUUUGGAGUUUAUAUUUUAAUCUCGACAAUCCACCUUUGCACAUAAUCAAUGAAAAUGGAAGACCCGAACCUCGCUGAUCAAUAUGUGCAGGAAUUUGUUCUCGACCACCUGGAAGAUGGAUCCUCCACCACAGUUGGAGUAAAACGUGAAGACCAUAGUCCACCGAGUGCAAAAAUUACGUGGACAACUGAACCGAAUGCCAUUGCACCCGAUGAAGAAGAACCUGCCGGUGAGCCUCUUAUCAAAAUGAGAACAUUUUCUGCGAGUUGGACACAUAUGGAUGAACGACGGUUACAACCGUUAUCUCCACCACCAGAAUUGUAUACACACGGUCCGAUGGCAGGCCAAGCAAUAUUGGUUAAUCCCUCAUUACCUGGGGGUGUACCUUCAACUCCUCCGGAAACACCUCCUGUUAUUGGAUCUCCCACGGAUAGCACUUGUGCUCAAAGCUAUGCGGGCAUGGUAGCAAGUCAUUAUUCUACACAUCCAAGAGCACCCACAGCUAGUGCCGGGCUUACACAGGAAAUGAUGUGGCUUCCCAAUUCUAUGCGCUCCGAUCCUCAGCCGUUAGAUUUGAGACCACUAACUGGGAGUAGCCAAGAAGAAGAAUGGGAACGUCAUCGGGAAUAUAUGCAAUCAGUUACAGCAGCAAAUCAUCACCACCAUCAUCAUCAUCAUGGGCACUUAAUACAGUCGCACCAUCAUCACCAUUUUCAAACUUUGGAGCAUUUAGCACCGAUUAAUAUGCACCAUGCGUCCUCCUACCACCAUAGCGGCAUCAUGCACAACACUACCAAUAAUGGAAACGCACACCACAUCAAUAACACAAAUUCAGAUGGUAAUAAUCACCAAAACAACCGACCCAUGUCCGUGAGUUCCACACGCUCUUCGAGCAAUUCUCCACGCACCAUAUCAGGACAGUACAGCAAUUCGAGCAAUAGUCUGGAGGACUGUAUUAAUGAUGAACUAUUGACUACUCUUACGGUAAGAGAGUUAAACAAACGCCUACACGGUUGCCCACGCGAAGAAGUUGUGCGUCUUAAACAGAAAAGAAGAACUCUAAAAAAUCGAGGCUAUGCACAGAAUUGCCGUUCUAAACGCUUGCAGCAACGCCAUGAGCUAGAAAAAACAAAUCGCCAACUAAAUCAAGAUCUCCACCGGCUAAAAGUUGAAUAUUCACGUGUCUGCCAGGAACGUGACCAGCUCAAGCAGCGUUUGCAAAUCCGUACCGGUAUCGGUUCUGUUUCCGGUAAUUCGUUAACCAGCAGCGGUAGUACGGGCAGCGGCGCUGGUGUUGGCACCAAUGCAAGCACGGCCAUAACUUUGAAUGGACAGCAGCAUCUUCAAAGUGAAACCCAUACUUCACCAGAAUUUUACCUCUGACGUCAAUUAGCAGUAGCCGGCGCAGGUCAUCAUGUAAUGGCCGCUGCAGCUGCUGCGGCGGCGAAUGCGAGUCAUCAUCCACACUCGCAUCAUCAUCAUCAUCAUCACCAUCUUCACCAUCAGUCAUCUUCGUCUCAUAGUUCUCAAUGGUCGUCCACACGCUAUCAUCAGCAUUUAGUGCAACAGCAGCAACAACAGCAAUCAGCCACAGUAAAUUAAGAGCUUUAGGAUUAUUAUGGGAUAUAUAUACAGAGGUAGACACAACAUUUCAGUUCACAAAUUUUUAUUUCCUGAACAUUUUGUAUUUAUUUUUAAGUUUAUUUUUUCUUUUAAAAUUUUUUCGAUUGAAAUAGCCUUGAUUUCGUAUGAAACAAGUUUUUGAAAAACGUACUUAAGAACACUUUUGCAUCAAAACUAAUAUCUAAAUGGAAAAUAAAACAUGAAAGCAAAAAGACGAAAAGAUCGGUAAUUGGGAAUCAGGCAAAAAGCUGUCAAGGCACAUGUCAAGGCGAGUGUUCGGAAUCGACUUUUUUGCUGGAAAAUGAGUUUCAGUAUAAAUAUACAUAUUUAUGUACACAUAUUUAUACAUAUACAUACAUCUUAGAAAAGUUUGGUUCGCCCAAUAUUUGACACACAAAUAGUAGGAAUCCAACGAUUCUUUGUUAACUUUUCUCACUCAAGAAAUAGUUAUACAGAUGAAGUGCUUUAGUAAAACUGCACAAAAUGUUCAUUUGCCAUGCGAAGAUUUCUCGAAAAAUCGCAAGUUCCUUUGGCCCUUUUUUUUUGUAACAAAAGUAAUACCUUCAACGCAAACGAAAUAUUCAAAUUAACAAAUAGUCAGAAAAUAGUUUAAUAGGUAAGCAUCAGCAAAAAUGUAUGUUUUUUACAUAUUCCUACUAGGCAGCCUCACGUGCUAGAGAAUUCGUGCAACUCGUAUAUAGGCCUGAAACAAGAAUGGUGUUGCCUUCACUGGGGAAAUAGUUUCUUGUCCACUCAGGGACCUUAUCCCUGGGAAGCGCACUAGGUUGAGAUGCACCAUGCAUGAAUUUUUGAACCCAGCUAUAAUAUAGAUCCGUUUAAGCGUAUCACCUUUUGGCCUUCUUCUUCCUUCAGGUGAAUUCCAGAUUGUUCAAAAUCGGAUAGAAACAAUUUUGCAACAUGAUAAUCUAUUUCGGCGAUAGGUACAAGGUCGCCUAUUUCCACAACACGACUCACACAAAUUUCUUGUUCCCCCGCUAUUUUAUGAGUAUUUGUUAAAUUUUUUGUCUUCCAUAACACUCCACAUCAGCCAGAGUUUGUAAGUCAUUUCCCGUUUUUGCUUGAAUUUUCCCUAACACAUUCACGAUCUAUGCAGUCAAGUACAUAAAUCUAUGUAAGCAAACAAAAAAAAUAUAUCUAUGUAUAAGAAGACAUCAACUUGCAGAUUUCCCCAUAUAUCAAUUGACUAUAAAUUCUCAUACCAUAAGUAUCCCCGAUCCUAAAUUCCCAGACUUUAAACAUCCCA